AUGGUCAAUAUGUCAUCACUCACGAUAACCGACGCUGACAUCCCCGAUUGUUCGGGCAAGACCGUCGUGAUUACCGGGGGCAGUUCGGGCAUCGGCUGGGCUGCCGCCGGAAUUUUCGAGUCUCACGGGGCCCGUGUCUACAUUCUAGAUCGGAACCCUCCCCAGGAAGAACUAGCCGUGAAGAGGAAUAUCAGCUAUUGCGCGUGUGACAUCACGCAAUGGUCAUCCGUGCUGGCAGCGUUCAGGAGUAUCGGUCGAAUAGACAUCCUGGUGGCCAACGCGGGCGUCUCGGAGGAAGCCGAUUACUUUCACGAUAGCUUUGACGAGCUUGGAGAGCUGGUUGAGCCGCGUUACGGGGUCCUGGAUGUGAAUCUACGUGGCACUUUGAAUGUAAUCAAGAUCGCGCUCAGCAUGAUGCGGCGCAGCCAGACGGCCGGCAGUAUCGUCAUCACCUCCAGCGCGACAGCAUAUUCCCCGGAAUAUUCAUUGCCAGUCUAUAGCGCCUCUAAGCUCGCGUUGAUCGGGCUCAUGCGUGCUCUACGAGCCUCGCUUCCACUUGACGGCAUUACCAUCAAUGCAGUCGCCCCAGCCGCCACCAUUACAGGCCUUCUUCCGGCUAACCUGGCGGCUCCCAUUAUUGCCGCCGGACUUCCCACGAGUUCGCCCGAAUUCGUCGCUCUGGCGAUCGCGUAUGCCGCCAGUGCCCAGCAGACCCGCGCGGUCGAGCUGUACGGGAAGGAUCCGAAGAGCGCCGUCGACGACCUGAGUCCAGGUCGGUGGAACGGGCGGACUAUUCUGACGUUGGGAGAUUGCUAUACCGAGCUGGAGCAGGCUAUUUCGGACCUUCGUCCGCAGUGGUUUGGGGAAGAGAACGCACGGUUGACCCGGAUGCAACAGGUGGCUACGGAUUUCCGACCGGUGCACGAGAAGGUGUAG